UUUAACUACAAGAGCAUGUACGUGCGAUCAAGUCGUGCAUUUUUUGAUAGAAAUUUUACAAUUUCAAAUAACCUGAGCUUACUGCGUGGUACGCGAAAAACCCCGAAGUUUUCUGACUCUUUGCAUCCUAGACUAUCACUUAGAAGCCUCAAAGAAGAAAUCAAAUAUCCUGAAGAGCAGAACACAAAAUUCUGGGUUGACAAGGCACAAUCAAUUUUAGCUGGCAAACUACAAAAUGCUGAACUCAACAAAAAUCGUGCCAAAAAUAUAAUAAUGUUCCUUGGUGAUGGCAUGUCUGUGCACACAGUUACUGCUACCAGAGCUUUUAUGGGUGAUAGUUCGAAGCAAAUUUCUUUUGAGAAAUUCCCAUACCUAGGCCUGUCGAAGACUUAUUGUGUAAACAAACAAGUUGCUGAUUCUGCAUGCAGUGCAACUGCUUAUUUAUCAGGCGUAAAGGGUAACUACGGGACCAUUGGAGUAAAUGCUCAAGUCAAACGUAGUGACUGCACAAAAGCUCAAGAUCCUUCUACACAUACUGAGAGUAUUGCCGAAUGGGCUCAAGAUGCUGGCAAAUCUACUGGAUUGGUAACAACAGCUCGUGUAACACAUGCUUCUCCAGCUGGAGUCUAUGCUCAUACUGCCAAUCGCAACUGGGAGAGUGACACCGACAUUAUCAAGGACAAGUGUAGUGCUGUUGAUAAUUUAGACAUUGCCAGGCAAUUAGUACAUACUCCUGUUGGCAGAAAUUUGAAAGUUAUCAUGGGUGGUGGACGAAGAGAAUUCAGAGGAAAGAAACAAAAUGAUGAAGAAGGUAUCAAGGGCAGACGUACUGAUGGACGGGAUCUGAUUCAAGAAUGGAUUGCUGACAAAAAAUUACAAGAUGCUGAUGCAUCAUACGUAUGGAGCCGCAAAGGAUUGAAUAGCCUUGAUCUGAGUAAGACCGAGUAUCUUUUGGGACUUUUUAGCUCAAACCAUUGUCCUUAUCAUGGUGAUUUGGCAAGGGAAGGUCUAGAAAAGUCAGAUCCUUCUCUAAGUGAAAUGACAGAAGCCGCUAUCAAAGUGCUGAAAAAGAACAAAAAGGGAUACUUCUUAUUUGUAGAAGGAGCUAAAAUUGACAUGGCUCAUCAUGAAAAUUGGGCUCGUAAGGCUUUAGAAGACACAAAAGAAUUUGCACAUGCUGUUGAAUUGGCAAGAAAUAUGACAUCUGAAAAGGAUACUUUGAUUGUUGUUACCUCAGAUCACUCACACACAAUGACAAUCAAUGGAUAUCCGCUACGAUCUCAAGACAUUCUAGGAUUUUCUGAUGAAAAAGGUACAGAUGAUCUUCCUUUCACUGCUUUGUCAUACGCCAAUGGUCCUGGAUACUAUAAUACAUUCUCAAAAGAAGAAGGUCGUCGAGAUCUCUCAUUAGACGAUUUGACAGAUCCUAAGUACUCAUACAUGGCAACAGUUCCACUUGGUUCGGAGACUCAUGGAGGUGAUGAUGUUGCAAUUUUCACAUCAGGUCCUUACGCUCAUACAUUCACUGGCAACUACGAGCAAAGUAAUAUUCCAGCUUUGAUGGCAUACGCUGCGGACAUUGGGCCUUUUCAAGAAAGUAAACUGAGUUCAUUGACAGACCAGCAAUAAUAAAAAUAUAUAAUUUAUUACCUGUUUAAGUAAAUGC